GCGCUGGCCGGGGACCCGACCCGGCCCGGGACCGGCGGCGCGCGGCGGCUGAGGCCCAGGGAAAGUUUGCAGUGCCGAACAUGCUCUGCACACCGCACUUGUUCGCAAAGCUCUAGCUGCAUCCUGUGGUUGGAAGUUGCUGGGUGAGACCCUCCCUCAGGUCCAGGCCUAUGACUGCAAGAAACAGCUCCAGAAGCGUGCCCUAAGCCUGGGAGGCAUGCUGAAGCCAGGCGGCUGGCAAGAUGAGUGUGAACGAGGCAGGCAGCUCCGGCUGCCAGAGGCAGGGGGCCUAUCACCUGCAUAUCUACCCACAGCUGGCCACCAGCGAGAGCCAGGCCUCGUGCUGUGUGACAGCCACCAAGGACAGCACUACGUCCGACGUCAUUCAGGACGCUAUCACCAGCCUGCGGCUAGAUGGAACCAAGCGCUAUGUGCUGGUGGAGGUCAAGGAGACAGGCGGGGAGGAGUGGGUGCUGGACGCCAACGACUCGCCUGUACACCGCGUGUUGCUGUGGCCUCGACGGGCACAGGACGAGCACCCGCAGGAAGAUGGUUACUACUUCCUGCUGCAAGAGCGUGACUCAGAUGGGGCCAUCAAAUAUGUACAUAUGCAGCUGAUGGCCCAGGCCACAGCUGCCCGGCGCCUGGUGGAGCGCGGCCUCCUGCCCAGACAGCAGGCGGACUUUGAUGACCUGUGCAACCUCCCUGAGCUGACCGAGGCUAACCUCCUGAAGAACCUCAAGCACCGCUUCCUGCAGCAGAAGAUCUACACGUAUGCGGGAAGCAUCCUUGUGGCUGUCAACCCUUUCAAGUUCCUCCCCAUCUACAACCCCAAGUACGUGAAGAUGUACGAGAACCAGCAGCUGGGCAAGCUAGAACCACACGUGUUCGCGCUGGCCGACGUGGCCUACUACGCCAUGCUCCGGAAACGUGUCAACCAGUGCAUUGUGAUCUCGGGUGAGAGCGGCUCAGGCAAGACACAGACCACCAACUUCCUGAUCCACUGCCUCACCGCCCUGAGUCAGAAGGGCUACGCCAGUGGUGUUGAGAGGACCAUCCUGGGCGCCGGCCCCGUGCUAGAGGCUUUUGGAAACGCCAAAACAGCCCACAACAACAAUUCGAGUCGAUUUGGAAAAUUCAUCCAGGUCAACUACCUAGAGAGUGGCAUCGUGAGAGGAGCUGUUGUUGAAAAAUACCUGCUUGAAAAGUCUCGUCUGGUCUCUCAGGAGAAGGAUGAGAGAAACUACCACGUGUUUUAUUAUUUGUUACUUGGCGUCAGCGAGGAAGAGCGACAAGAAUUUCAGCUCAAACAGCCUGAAGAUUAUUUCUACCUCAACCAGCAUAACUUGAAGAUCGAAGACGGAGAAGACCUGAAACAUGACUUUGAAAGACUCAAGCAGGCCAUGGAGAUGGUGGGCUUCCUUCCCGCCACCAAGAAACAGAUUUUUUCUGUGCUCUCGGCCAUCCUGUAUCUGGGCAACGUCACGUACAAGAAGAGAGCCACAGGCCGAGACGAAGGCCUGGAGGUCGGGCCCCCCAAGGUGCUGGACACGCUGUCACAGCUUCUGAAGGUGAAGCGAGAAAUCUUGGUGGAAGUUCUGACCAAAAGAAAAACAGUGACCGCCAACGACAAGCUCAUCCUUCCCUACAGUCUCAGCGAGCAAUGGAAAAAAUAUCUUCAGGCCAUCACCGCCCGAGACUCCAUGGCCAAGUCUCUGUACAGUGCCCUGUUCGACUGGAUUGUGCUGCGCAUUAACCACGCCCUCCUCAAUAAGAAAGACAUGGAAGAGUCUGUCUCGUGCUUGUCCAUCGGGGUCCUUGACAUCUUUGGGUUUGAGGACUUCGAGAGGAACAGUUUCGAACAGUUCUGCAUCAAUUAUGCCAACGAGCAGCUCCAGUACUACUUCAACCAGCACAUUUUCAAACUAGAGCAGGAGGAGUACCAGAGCGAAGGGAUCUCAUGGCACAACAUUGACUACACGGACAACGUCGGCUGCAUCCACCUGAUCAGCAAGAAGCCCACCGGCCUCUUCUAUCUGCUGGAUGAAGAGAGCAACUUCCCCCACGCCACGAGCCAGACUCUGCUGGCCAAGUUCAAACAGCAGCACGAAGACAACAGGUACUUCCUCGGCACCCCCAUCAUGGAGCCAGCGUUCAUCAUUCAGCACUUCGCAGGGAAGGUGAAAUAUCAGAUUAAGGACUUCCGGGAGAAGAACAUGGACUACAUGCGGCCAGACAUUGUGGCACUUCUGCGGGGCAGUGACAGCUCCUACGUGCGGGAGCUCAUCGGCAUGGACCCGGUGGCAGUGUUCCGCUGGGCCAUGCUCCGGGCCGCCAUCCGCGCCAUGGCCGUGCUCCGGGAGGCCGGACGCCUGCGGGCCGAGCGGGCCGAGAAGGCUGCCGCAAAUCUGUGCAGCCCUGGCGCCCGAAGUCACCUGGGGGAGCUACAGAGAGGAGCCAUCACCCCCUCGGAAAAGCUGUACCGCUGCUCAAUGCUAGAUUUCUCAAUUGACGGCUCUGAGGAGUUCGAUAUUAACGCUUUUGAGGACAUCUUUGCUUUCUAUGAAAGCAAGAACGAUUUGCAUGACCAAAUCAUCAAGACCAUCAAAGGAUUGCCCUGGCAGGGUGAGGACCCCCGUAGGCUUCUCCAGUCCCUCAGUCGGCUCCAGAAACCCCGCACCUUCAUCCUGAAAAGUAAAGGUACCAAACAAAAGCAGAUCAUUCCAAAGAACCUGCUGGACUCCAAGUCCCUGAAGCUCAUCAUCAGUAUGACCCUGCACGACCGCACCACCAAGUCGCUGCUGCACCUGCACAAGAAGAAGAAGCCCCCGAGCAUCAGCGCCCAGUUCCAGACAUCCCUUAACAAGCUCCUGGAGGCGCUGGGCAAGGCGGAGCCCUUCUUUAUCCGCUGCAUCCGCUCCAACGCUGAGAAGAAAGAGCUGUGCUUCGACGAGGAGCUGGUGCUGCAGCAGCUGCGCUACACGGGCAUGCUGGAGACGGUGCGGAUCCGGAGGUCAGGCUACAGCGCCAAGUACACGUUCCAGGAUUUCAUAGAGCAGUUCCAGGUGCUGCUGCCCAAGAACGCCCAGCCCUGCAGGGAGGUCAUCUCUGCCCUGCUGGAGAAGAUGAACGUCGACAAGAGGAGCUACCAGAUCGGAAAGACCAAGGUUUUCCUGAAGGAGACAGAGCGGCAGGCCCUGCAGGAAACGCUGCACCGGGAGGUCGUACGGAAGAUCCUGCUCCUGCAGAGCUGGUUCCGGAUGGUGCUGGAACGCCGGCACUUCCUACAGAUGAGGCGGGCGGCCAUUACCAUCCAGGCCUGCUGGCGGUCCUACCGCGUUCGACGGGCUCUGGAGCGGACACAGGCAGCCAUAUACCUCCAGGCCACAUGGAGGGGCUACCGGCAUCGGGCAGCUUACCGGCGCCAGAGACAGAGCAUCAUCCGCCUGCAGAGCCUCUGCCGGGGGCACCUGCAGCGCAAGAGCUUCCGCCAGAUGGUCGCAGAGAAGCAGAAGGCGGAAGAGGAGAGGGAAGCCCAGCAAGCCUCAAGGGAAGAAACUGCCGAGGGUGGGCCCAGCCAAGAACCACCGGAGGACGGCGAGCAUUCGCCGCUGGAGCCCGAGGUGUGGCUGAGGCACGGGCCCCCUGCGGAGAGCGUCCACCCUGAGGAGAGCCCCAGCCCAGAGAAGGUUCCCUUAUCCCAGAAAACCCCCCCUGAAAGUCACGAGAAAGCGCCCAGCAGCCGGGAGAAGCGCGAGUCCAGGCGGCAGCGAGGACUGGAGCACGUGGAACUCCAGAACAAGCACAUGCAGUCUUGUAAGGACGAGAGCGCCCUUAGGGAACCUUCCGGAACGGCCUCCCCCGAGCAGGAGGAGCGCCUCCCCCAAGACAGAAAGGAGAGCAGGGAGGAUGAAGCCCUCGCAGACACAGGGGCGGAGGCCGAGAGCCCUGCUCCUGAAAAUCAGCCCGGGGCGCCUCCUCCAGCCUUGCCAGCCUGCCAUGUGCCCGGGGAAACCCCGCAGGCACCUCAGGACUGCAUGGAACGGCCCACCAGCCUGGCUCUGGACAGCGGGGUCAGCGCACCGUCUCCCGUCACCACCCCCGAGAAGCCCCAGGACAAGAGCAAGCCGAGUGGUGGCCCAAGGGCUCAGGACAGGCCUUUGAGCCCCGGAAGCUCCACCCAGAUUCAGCGGUACCGUGAACCAGUCUCCGAGCGGCUGGCCAGUGCCGUGGAGCUGUGGCGAGGCAAGAACUUGGCUACUGGCCCCAGCGCUGUGCUGAGCCAGUCCCUGGACCUUAGCGAGCGGCACCGGGUCACGGGGACCUCCCUCACAGCCACAGAGGAGAGGCGCCUUUCAUUAUCCACCAGUGAUGUCUCCAAGCUCCUCCCGGCCCAGGCCAAGACUCAGCCUCUGUCGGAAAGCGUGGAUGGCGAGCCCAGCACGAAGAAGGCGGCCGUCCAGAAGAAGAAGUCGGGCGAUGCAUCUACCUGCACAGACUCAGGGCUGUCCCCAGGCUCCCAGGCGGACUCUAAGUCCACAUUUAAGAGACUUUUCCUGCAUAAGAACAAGGAUAAAAAGUACAGCCUGGAGGGCACGGAGGAGGCAGAGAGCUCAGUCCCCGGGCACAUCGUGCUGGAAGCCGUCACCAUGAAGAAGAAUCUAGAAGCCCCAUCGGGCCACCAGCACCGCCACGCCACGGGCGAGAAGCACACCAAGGAGACAGGAGGCAAAGGGAAGAAAAACCGAAACCUCAAGAUUGGCAGGAUCACGGUGUCAGAGAAGUGGCGGGAGUCGGUGUUCCGCCAGAUCACCAAUGCCAACGAGCUCAAGUACCUGGAUGAGUUCCUGCUCAACAAGAUAAAUGACCUGCGUUCCCAGAAGACACCCAUCGAGAGCUUGUUCAUCGAGGCCACAGAGAAGUUCAGGAGCAACCUCAAGACCAUGUACUCAGUCCCUAACGGGAAGAUCCACGUCGGCUAUAAGGACCUGAUGGAGAACUACCAGAUUGUUGUGAGCAACCUGGCGGCCGAGCGCGGCGAGAAGGACCCCAACCUGGUCCUCAACCUCUUCCAGUCCCUGCUAGAUGAGUUCACCCGUGGGCAUAGCAAGAAUGAUUUCGAGCUGCCCAAGCAAAGCAAAGCUCAGAAGAAGAAGCGGAAGCAGGAACGAGCUGUCCAGCAGCACAAUGGGCACGUGUUCGCCAGCUACCAGGUGAGCAUCCCGCAGUCGUGCGAGCAGUGCCUCUCCUACAUCUGGCUCAUGGACAAGGCCCUGAUCUGCAGCGUGUGCAAGAUGACCUGCCACAAGAAGUGCAUGCACAAGAUUCAGACCUACUGCUCCUAUCCAUGUGGGAGGAAGAGCGAGCCGGGGACCGAGCCGGGCCACUUCGGCGUGUGCGUGGACAGCUUAACCAGUGACAAGGCUUCGGUGCCCAUCGUACUGGAGAAGCUUCUGGAACACGUGGAGAUGCACGGCCUAUACACCGAGGGCCUCUACCGCAAGUCAGGCGCUGCCAACCGCACGCGGGAGCUCCGGCAAGCGCUGCAGACAGACCCCUCGACAGUCAAGCUGGAUAACUUCCCCAUCCACGCCAUCACCGGGGUGCUCAAGCAGUGGCUGAGGGAGCUGCCCGAACCCCUCAUGACCUUCGCCCAGUAUGGCGACUUCCUCCGAGCUGUGGAGCUGCCAGAGAAGCAGGAACAACUGGCCGCCAUCUAUGCCGUCCUGGAGCACCUGCCGGAAGCCAAUCACAACUCCUUGGAGCGACUCAUCUUCCACCUGGUCAAGGUGGCCCUGCUCGAGGACGUGAACCGCAUGUCGCCCAGUGCACUGGCCAUCAUCUUUGCACCCUGCCUCCUGCGCUGCCCUGACAACUCAGACCCGCUGACCAGCAUGAAGGACGUCCUUAAGAUCACCACGUGCGUAGAGAUGCUGAUCAAAGAACAGAUGAGGAAGUACAAGGUGAAGAUGGAUGAGAUCAGCCAGCUGGAGGCCGCCGAGAGCAUUGCCUUCCGCAGGCUCUCGCUCCUGCGACAGAACACUCCAUGGCCUCUCAAAUUGGGGUUUUCGUCUCCCUAUGAGGGGGUCCUGAACAAGAGCCCCACAGCCCGGGGAAGCAGCAGCGGCCCAGAGGAGCUCGGGGUGCUGCCAGAGGAGGAGGCAGCCGGCCACGAUGAGGACGAGGACCGGGAGAAGGAGAUCCUCAUCGAGCGGAUCCAGUCCAUCAAGGAGGAGAAGGAGGAUAUCACCUACCGGCUGCCAGAGCUGGACCCUCGGGGCUCUGACGAGGAGAACCUGGACUCGGAGACUUCGGCCAGCACCGAGAGUCUAUUGGAAGAGCGGGCCGGGCGGGGGACCUCGGAAGGACCCCCCGCACCUGCUCUCCCCUGCCCCAGUGCACCUGCCCCGAGCCCCCUCCCCGAGGUGGCCGCCUCUCCAAGACGAAGGCCGUCGUCCUUCAUGACGGUCAGAGUGAAGACUCCCCGGCGGACCCCCAUCAUGCCCACAGCCAACAUCAAGCUCCCCCCUGGCCUGCCCUCCUACCUCCCUGGUCAGACACCAGGUGCCCAGGAGGCUGCCAUGCUAGUGAGGCGCCGAGAGACACCUGCCCGACGCCCGGACCAGAUACACUCUGUGUAUAUCACACCGGGCGCACACCUGCCUGUGCAGGGCACUCAGGAGCCCCUGGACAAGGAUGACCAGCCACCUGGGGCCAAACGCAGGUACUCAGACCCCCCGACCUACUGCCUGCCCCCCACCUCAGGCCAGGCCAAUGGCUGAAGGCCCGCAGUACCAGAGUCAGAACAUCUGAGGACAGCCGUGUGCCGGAGCGCCAGCAUUCGGCUCUCCGAGAAGGAUCUGGAAUGAAAAGCUCCAAGAGCAAUGUGCGGUGGGCACUGGCUCCAACUGCAGAGUCCAGCAGGGAGAGGCCGGCCGGGGCUGAGCCCCGGUUUCACACAGAUGUGCCGCCGAGAGCCCCAAAUCCUGGCAGGCAGCCUGGCCUCUCCCACCCGUUUUGUACGUUUUGUACGGUUUUACAGUUAACUGUUACCUUGUGCGUGGUUUACAUAACUUUAAACUGUAACAGCCUUAACAGAAGACCAAACUGUUUUUUAUAUGUGUAUGUACAAACUUUGUAUUAACGCCCUGCCUCGCCUUUAUAACCUGGACACGGACUUCAGAGCAAAACCCACAUGGCCGCCUCACCUCGAAGGCUCAGGCCCACAGUGAGGACGGCUUGGACCAGGGGUUUGGACAAUUGGGGCACCUGACUGUCCCAGUCUGUCUGGGUCUCAUCCUCAGGCCUGGCCAGCAGUCAUCAGCCCCCGUGCAUUCAAAGAAGCAAUGGAGCUUUCCAUGGUGAUCCAGGCUGUUGGCUGGAGUGAGGACAUGAGGUGGGGGGCAGCCUUCACCUGGGGUACCACAGACCUCACAUCCAGGGUGACUCAAAUGUGGUCAUCGCUCUGUCCACUGUUCCCUGAGUGGAGGAGGCCACCCUUGGCACUGCCUGCCCCAUGUGGCAGAACAGGAACUCAGGACUGCUCAAGGGCGAGGAGGGCGAGGCCUGAGUUUGCACAUCCCUGGGAACAGCCUGGGGACCUCCAGAGCGGGGCUCCUGUCUCUCAGGCUCCUCUCACUCCCUGGACACCUGGACAGAUGGCCCUGGGUCUGGGACUAGAGGUGUCCUACAAACCAUGUGAAAUAAAGAAAAGGUGUCUGAGG